AGGGUCGUUCAUUAUCAGCCGGAACGUAAACAGCGUCGCUGCUUUUCACGCUUUCCGAUAAAAAUGUUUAAAUCACACUGUGUUAAUUAGAGUCCAAAUCAAAAUCAAUGCGCCAGUAGACGCGAACGACUCGAGAUCGUGUGCGCGUGAACGCGGAUUAAGCAGCGCUUUUGACUAAAAUAAAAAUAAGUAGCAGUGUGCGGGAGAAUCCGUGACCUGUGAUUUUUGGCCGGUGAACGAAUCACGAGCAAAGCGGAUAAACAAAAGCCAUAAAAAACAGAUUCGCACGAGAAUCGAAGAAGUCGUCUGUGCUCAUAAAUUACUAUCCGGAAGUGGAAAAGUAGAGUUUCCCCAGGCGAACGGCGAACCAACCGCCAUGGACGACGAGUUCAAGCUGUGCUGGAAGAACUUCCAGGACAACAUAGCCAGCGGCUUCCAGAAUCUGUACGACCGCGGCGACUUGGUGGACGUGACCCUCGCCUGCGACGGGAAGCUUCUCCAGGCCCACAAGAUUGUGCUGGCCAUCUGCAGCCCCUACUUCCAGGAGAUCUUCACCACCAAUCCCUGCCAGCAUCCCAUCAUCAUACUCAAAGAUGUGAGCUUCAACAUUAUGAUGGAGCUGCUGGAGUUCAUGUACCAAGGAGUGGUAAAUGUAAAGCACACGGAGCUGCAGUCUUUCAUGAAGAUUGGCCAACUGCUGCAGAUCAAGGGUCUGGCCACCAAUUCCAACUCAUCGCCGGGAUCGAGUGCCUCCGAGAAGUCCUCUAGUCAGCCUCCAGCAGAAGAAUCAAACAACAGCAAUACCAACAGCACCAACCAUCACAACUCCAACUCUAAUAGCAAUAAUAAUAGCAAAACAGAAGCAGAUCACAAUGAGUCCAAGGGGCAGAGCAAUGCGAGGACCACUUCGCCAGGCGGUGCCAGCAGAGCCUCCAGCGAAGCCAGCCACCUUUACACAUCCCACAAACGUCCGAUGCCUUCAGAUUUCGGCAGCGAUUCCCUGUCCAUUUACUCGGGUAAGCAGUUGAGGCGCUCCCUCAAGGAUCAUGGAUCCGGCGGAAGCGAAGGCGGAGGAGGCGAGAAUGCGGAUAGUGCAGCGGGAAUGGACAAUAGCCUGAAUGCCGAGGAGUUUUUCAUGCCACCCAUUCCGCACAUUACAAUGGGAGAACCGCGUUACGAUCUCGGAGGUCUGAAGCGCGAAUCGGAUGGUCACCAUCAUGGGCCUUCGUCGGGCGGCGGUGGCGGAAGUUCGGGCAGCGUGGGCAGCCUCACCUCCUCGGCCUCCUCCUCUGCGCCUAUUCGAAAUCCCUUCCCACCGGCCUUCAAUCUGGACAACUACAACUUCUACAAGAGCGGCAACAACAGCGGGCCCAGCGGCAGUUCCAAUAAUUCCGGCGGCCCCGGAGGCAUUAACAACAAUGGAUCCGUGAGUCUCGGCUCAGGCACUGAGUACCCCAACGAGCUGUACAUGCCCAACGAUUAUUCCAAGAACUUUGCCAACCACAUGGACAUUCCCCAAAGCGGCAGCAACAUGGUGAUGCUGUCCACCACCUCGCUGCUGCACGGCAACUGCGUGUUCAACCGAAACAACACGGUGGCCACGCAGCAGGGCAUGAAGACCUACUGGCUGUGCAAGUCGUACCGGAUCAGCAUGUGUCGGGCGAGGUGCAUCACCCACCUGGGCAGGAUCAUCUCGGCCACGGGCGUUCACAACCAUACACCUCAUAUGCGCGGCGGUCAGGGAUCUUCGGCAGCUUCAACGUCUUCAGUUUCUGGGACACCUUCUGGCUCUGCUCCGAUUCCCAUCCAGGCGGGCUACUCUCUGACGGAUGGUGGUGGCCACCUGGGCACGGACUUGCAGCAUGGCAACCGAGUGAGCAACAUGUUUGCCAAUCAAACGCCUCCACCGCCUCCUCCGCCACCUCCACUGCCAGUGACAUCGACGCCGCACCACCCGCAUCAUCAUCACCACCUGGGACAGCCGCUGCCGAAUCUCCUGGUGCAGCAUCACCAGGCGCCGCCGCACAUGGAUCAGCAUGGCGCCUCUGCAAACCUCAUGCACAAUCCGAAUCUGAUGCACCUGCAGACGCAGACGCACCACCAACAGCAACAUCACCAACAACACUCGCCACACAAUCCUCCUCCACCGCAGCACAAUCUCGAACUGGGAGGUGGCUCGGGAUCGGGAGCAGUGCUCCUCUCGCCGGCGCACCUUCAGCAGAGUCCGCAAUCUAACCGCAGCAGCCACUCCCUGCAGGCCCAGAGUCCACCACCACAACCUGUGGAGGAGCAGCAGCAACAACACCAACAGCAGCAGCAAGAAGGAGCCACGGAGGGAUCCACUGAUCCCAGCACAGCGCACGUGAUUAACUCAGUUACGAUAUCCCCGAACACCAGGCACAGCUUCAAGAUGGAGAACAUGUAAGGCUGUCGCCGGGGAAUCCCCCUCGCCACACUGCCCCCGAAAACCGAGGAGUAAUUUAUUAUUUUUGACUAGCUAGAGUUUGUAGUAGAAAAUUGAAUUUGAUUCGAAAAGGAGAGAGAGAGUAACCAAUGUAAAUACCCUUACCGAUGUGCAUAAUGUAUUUGAUAAACUAUUGCGAAACGAUAAACCAAAAAGUACUAAUGGGCGCUGUGAAAUGAAUCCCAGAUUAAGCUAACCAGAGUAAUUUUGGAUAUGUUUCGUGGCCCUGUGCGUAUAUCAAUGGGUAUUCCAAUGGCCAGCCACUAACCAAAUAGAAAUAGGUUUUAUAUUCAUAAGAUAGAAUUAAUUGCAUUUUGGAUCUGAUAUAAUAAGAUAGCAAUAUUUAACAGCAUUUAAUAUUUAAUGUGAUGUAUUGAACUUAUAAUAUCAGGUCCAAAGGGAUUUCUACUUUAUAUUACCACCUAGCAGGUAAGUACCCUGCAUGACACACAUAAACACACAUAAUUGGGCUCAUUCGUGUAUGUCCUGGCAUUCAAAAGAAAACAUUACCAACCGAGGGAGCAGCC